AUGGCAUCGGGAACCUAUACUGGAGCUAGAUUAUACAAAACGGGCGACUUGGCGCAGUACUAUGCCGACGGCAAACUCCGGUACAUGGGCCGCAAAAGUACGCUGGUCAAGAUCCGCGGAAAACGACUCGAAUUGGGCGAGAUAGAAUACCAGAUUCGUCAGACUAUCCCAUCGGUGGAAAAGGUCAUAGCGGAAGCUGCUGCCCCGAAGGGCAGCGAAACACCGAUCGUUGUUGCCUUCUUGUACUCUGAAGACCAGCAGGCUUUGUUGCUACAUUUCCAAGCAUAUGUGGCUACCAUCAAGGAGACGAUGGAGAAGACUCUGCCUGACCACAUGUGGCCAAGUAUAUAUCUCUCAGUCGAAUCUGUACCAUUGACCAGAACGGGGAAAACCGACCGAAAGGCACUGCGUCAGAUUAUUUCCACCUCUACUCGCCAGGAAUUGCAGGAGGAUGAGACACCGACAACUCCUGCCGUGGCACCAGUGACUGAGCUGGAGAUCGAGCUGCAUCGGCUUUUUGCGGAAAUCUUGAAUAUCGAGUCAUCUUCCUUUGGCAUUAAUCAUAGCUUUAUACGACUUGGCGGGGACUCUAUCAGCGCCAUGCGUCUGGCUAAUCGUUGUAGUCAGAUGAAAUACAGCUUGACAAUGAAAGAUAUUGUUCAACACCAGACGGUGGCCAACCUCGCCUUGCAGCUCAAUCGGUACAAUAAGAAUAACGCUUCAGCGAGCACUCCAGUCAGUAAGCAGUGCGCCACUGAACGGCCUGUCCAGCGAGUGAGCGAAUCUGUCCUGCUUGAGGAAUUCAUCGUUGCAGUCGGAGUCAGCAUCAGUGCCACAGAUCGUCUAACUGAUUAUGGCGUUGAUUCUACAAUGGCUACCAAGUUUGUUGACCGAAUCAAUCGACGUCUCGGCAUUAAUGUCACAGUCGAAGAGACUCCAUAUACUGGCCCGGUGGUACAGUCAUUUGCACAGGGCCGCCUAUGGUUUCUGGACCAAUUGCAUCCCGGCUCAACAUGGUAUGCCCUGCCUUUCGCUACACGACUUCGCGGCCAGCUCGACCUUGCCGCGCUGGAGGUAGCCUUGAAUGCAGUAGUAGAGCGCCAUGAGACUUUGCGCACCACGUUCGAAUACCAGAAUGGGCUUGGGGUGCAAGUGGUUCAUUCCUUUGAGCCAAAACAGCUUAAGAUUGUCGACAUGACUAUCAGCAACAACCAGGACAUCUGCGAGGCUCUGCAGAGGGAACAACGAACUGCCUUCAACUUGAAGGCUGAGCCGGGAUGGAGACCUUUAAUCUAUCGUCUGGGAACUGAUGAUCACGCGCUGUCAAUCGUCAUGCAUCACAUCAUCUCCGACGGGUGGUCGCUGGAUAUUCUUCAGAAGGAGUUAAAUGUCUUCUAUUCUGCAGCAAUACGGGGACUUUCACCUCUUUCCCAAAUCGACCCGCUUUCAACAAACUAUCGUGACUUUUCAGUUUGGCAACGGCAGCAGGAAGAUGAGAAUCAAUCGCAAGUCAAUUACUGGAUUAGGGAAAUUGAAGGAAGCAAGCCCGCUGAACUGUUCUGUGACAAGCCACGUCCCUCGAUCCUCUCCGGUGACGCUGGGCUUCAAGCGGUUGAUAUAUGUGGAGCACUUUACAGGAAACUAAAGCUCUUCUGCAAAGCUCACCAGGUCACCGCUUACACCGUGCUGCUUGCGGCUUUCAGGGCGGCGCAAUAUCGUCUUACCGGUGCUGAGGAUGUGAUUAUCGGGGCGCCAUUCGCCAGCCGGCAUCACCAAGAACUGGAGCCACUCAUUGGAUUCUUCGUCAAUCUGCAAUGCAUCCGCACGAAGGUUGAGCAUGCGUGUACAACAUUCUAUCAACUGGUUCGGCAGAUUCAGGGAAAGUUAAGCAUGGCAUUCGAUAACCAAGAUCUUCCGUUCGAGAAACUUGUGUCGAAGCUAACAGAAGAGCGUGAUCUUUCCCGAAACCCACUUGUUCAGAUCAUCUUCGCCGUCCACUCCCAAUCCGACUUAGGCAAGUUAGCGUUUGAAGGUGUGGAGGCUCAACGGGUAACUCUGUCAUCGGCCUCCAGGUUUGACAUGGAAUUCCACUUCUACCAGGCAGAAGACAGUUUUCGAGGGGAGAUUCUCUUUUCCCUCGACCUUUUCCACCCUGAGACCAUAAACAUGCUUCAUUUGGUUUUCAUUGACAUCCUUGAACACGGCCUAGCUCAACCUACUACGCCUAUCGAUUUGAUGCCGUUUACGAACGCCAAUUCCUCCCUGGAGAAGUAUGGCCUCCUCAAAAUGCAGAAAACAGAUUAUCCACGGGAAUCCAGUAUCGUCGAUGUGUUUCAACGGCAAGUCAGAUACUGCCCCGACAAAGUCGCUGUCAAAGACUCCUCCACGCAGCUCACAUACCAUGAGCUAGAUUUGGAAUCAGAUCGAGUCGCCCUUUUUCUGACCAACCAGUCGCUAGCACCAGAAACGGUGAUUGGGGUCUAUGCAGACAGGGGAUGCGAGACAAUAACCGCAUUUUUAGGCAUCUUGAAGGCGAAUCUCGCUUACUUACCCCUCGAUGUGAAAUCCCCGGUCAGUCGCCUGGAAACCAUCUUGUCAUCCACUCAAGGCUGCGAGCUGGUCCUUCGGGGCAGCCACAUUGAGCCCCCUAGUAUGAGUCUUAGCAAUCUUCACUUUAUUUCCAUUUCAGAUAUUUUUGCUACAAUGACCCAACCUGAAAAGCCUAGUCCGCAUGCGGCGAGGACUAGCAUGCCCCGUGCCGACAGUGUCGCAUACGUUGUGUAUACAUCUGGCUCCACGGGAAAACCGAAGGGAGUUAUAAUGCAACACAAGGCAAUACUCAGGUUGACACAGUGUACUAGUAUCAUCAGUCCUGACUCUGCUGCUGGAAACAUAGCACAUAUGAGCAAUCUUGCUUUCGACAUGUCGGUGUGGGAGAUAUACACAGCACUCCUCAACGGAGGAACAUUGGUCUGCAUCGACCAUAUCACUGUACUCGACUACAGAUCACUCGCUCAGACCUUCGUUCGGGAGAGCAUUCAAGUUGCCACGUUAACGCCAGCUAUGCUAAAACAGUGCUUGAUUGAAUCCCCAUCCGUUAUCAGUCACUUGGACAUCCUGUUUGCCGCAGGAGACCGUCUGGAUCCAUUGGAUGCUACGAAAGCCCGCGCGUUGGUGCGAAGGGAGCUGAUAAAUGCUUAUGGGCCGACUGAAAACGGGGUACUCAGCACCAUCUAUAGCGUUACGGAGAAAGAGGUCUACCACCAUCGUGUUCCUAUAGGUACGCCUGUGAGCAAUUCUGGUGCCUACGUGAUGGAUCCGAGAAAUAAGCUGGUUCCUGUGGGAAUAAUGGGCGAGCUCGUCGUUACUGGAGACGGGUUGGCUAGAGGGUAUAUUGACUCACGGCUCGAUGCUGAUUGUUUUGUGAUGUUGGACCUCCCCGGGCAACCAUCAAUGCGGGCCUACCGGACCGGGGAUCUUGCUCGAUAUCGGCCUACUGAUGGCCAGCUUGAAUACCUUGGUCGCAGGGAUCACCAGGUCAAAAUACGUGGCCAUCGCGUGGAGCUGGAUGAGAUCGAUCAGUCUAUGCUCGCUUACGGCUUUAUCAAGCAUGCUGUUACAAUUAUCCGACAAGAAAAAGCUGGGGAUGCAGAGUUGGUCAGCUUCAUCACACUUCGUGAAGGCGAAGGCUUGCCCCUAGGCGGGGAAGUAGAGACCGAUGACGGCGCCCAGCAAAUAGAAGCAUGGAAAAGUCUCUUCGAUACCAACAUAUAUGAUAUUUCGCGCCUUCGAUCCAGUAAGCUUGGAAGGGACUUUGUCGGGUGGAAGUCGAUGUAUACCGGUGACUUGAUUGACAAUGCAGAAAUGAAUGAAUGGCUAGAUGACACCAUUGGCGCCCUCCUUGAUGGGGGCUCAGCUGGCCAUGUCUUUGAGGUUGGGACAGGCACCGGCAUGAUUUUGUUCAAUAUCAUCGCGGGGCUAGAGAGCUACACUGCGCUUGAGCCAUCAGGCAGGGCAGUCGAUUUUGUCCGGGCAGCAGUCACAGAUGUUCCUGGUUUACAGGCCAAGGUCCGGUUACAAAAGGGGACAGCCGACAAUAUCUCCCAGCUUGAAAGAUCAGACUCCGUCGAUGUGGCCGUCAUCAACUCUGUGGCGCAGUACUUUCCGUCCACUGAUUAUCUGCUCAAAGUUGUCGAGGACCUUGUGUGCCUGCAAGGCGCCAAACGCAUCUUCCUUGGUGACAUACGAUCAUAUGCGCUGUACGAAGAAUUUCAAGUGAGCAAGGCCUUGGCCAGUAGUACGCAGAAGUUACCCACCAUGGAUUAUGUUCGAGCACAGAUGGCUGAAACAGUUCACAUGGAAGAGGAGCUGUUAAUAGACCCGGCCUUCUUCACUUCCCUACCAAGCCGCUUUCCACAGCAUAUUGAGCAUGUGGAAAUCCUGCCAAAACGCAUGGUGGCCACAAACGAGCUCAGUUGUUACCGCUAUGCUGCUGUUUUGCACACGAAACACCGACAAGGUCAGCCGCGGCAUAUUCACGACGUGGAAGAGAGUCAAUGGGUUGACUUUUCAGCGACGAAGUUGAACCACGAAUCUCUUCUGGCAUAUCUGCGGCAGCAACCUAUUGACACAUCCGUGGUGGCAAUAAGUAAUAUUCCUUACAGAAAGACUAUCCUGGAGCGACUUAUAGUAGACCUGUUAAAGGGUCGCUUGGUUGAAAGUGUUGGAGGACCUGGCUGGGUUGAAUCUCUCGAUGAAACGGCCAGACAGAUUCCAUCCCUCGCACCAGUCGAUCUAACCAAGGUAGCCGAGCAGUCUGGCUUCCAAGUCGAAAUCAGCUGGGCCCGACAAUACACCCAACGGGGCGGGCUGGAUGCUAUCUUCCACCGCAUUCAGCCUGACCACAAGGGCGCAAGGGUGCUAUUUCAAUUCCCAACUGACCACGACAACCGACCUCUUCGCCGAUUGAGUACCAACCCACUACUUCUGGCAUCCAAUCGUGAAAUAGAGAAGUGGAUGUGGAAGUCGUUGCAAAAGACACUGCCUGCGUAUAUGGUUCCUAGAAUGGUCAGGAUUUUAGAGCAAAUGCCUGUCAACGGCAAUGGGAAAGUUGACCGCAGGGCUCUAGCAAGCAUGGUUGCUGCCGCUGCAUACAAAGCCACCGUGACAACUAGAGUAGACCCUCAUGAUGAUAUGGAACGAGUGCUGCUUGCCGCGUUUACGAAGGUUCUAGGCAGAGACAUCGGCAUUUCCGAGAGCUUUUUUGACCACGGUGGACACUCUCUGAUUGCGAUAAAGCUGGUCGUCGAAAUAAGUGAAAGCCUCCAUACUGAUUUGAGAGUCAGCGAUAUCAUUGAGUGUCCGACUGUUGCCGGCCUGGCGGCAAGGAUCAGAUCCCGGGCGGAUUCGACAUAUGAGUCUAUCACCUCUCGCGGUCGAAGUCUGAACUCCUCCUCAUUCUCCCUUGCUGGCGGCAGUCUCUCAUCAAUUGCUCUAAGUGCAAUCUCCCAACUUAAACUGAGUCCCACUGAAGUGGCCGAUGUACUCCCUGUGACAUACACACAGGCCUGCUUUUUGACCCAGUUGACCCAAGUUUCCAUACGCUUCGAUAUUGAGGGCAGCAUCGAUGUAAAUCAGUUGAGAGCCGCUUGCGUUGCAGUGACACAGAAGCAUAGUAUCCUACGCACGACCUUUACUAAAGUGGAGGGAAAAUCCAUCCAGGUCGUUUUGCGAGACGCCAACGUUGCAUUUACACAUAAGUCUAUCAGCGACAGGCUUGCUGACAAGGCUGAUUCUGGGACUACACCUUCAUCGACGAAACUACCUGUAGAGUUUGAACUUGUUUCUCGGUCACCGAGAAACCACUCAUUCAUCAUAAGGUUGUCCCAUGCUCAAUACGACGGGUUUUCGCUUCCGCUCCUCUUCGCCGAUCUGCAGCAAGCUUACAAUGACCGCCAACUCUCGCAAUCAAUAGCAGUGCCUUUUGCCGAUUAUGUAUAUGGCUGUGCACAGUUGCCGUCGGAUAGUUCGAUCAAUUUUUGGAGCAACUAUCUCCAAGGGGCUCGCCUGACUGCCUUUGGGGAUCCGACUUUUCCAGAAGAUGAGAAGGCCACGCGCGUGAAAGCAAGCGUGGCUGGUGAACUUCCCGCGCAACUGCCCGGAAUCACACUUGCGAGCCUCGCCAAUGCAGCGUUCUCUUUUAUGUUGGCCGAGACGGUCAAUAGCCCCGAUAUCACAUAUGGACUGGUUUUGAACACCCGUGAUCUGCCGAUUAAAGGAGUGGAGGCUAUUCUUGGACCAUGUAUCAGCCCCAGUCCCAUGAGAGUGCAAUUGGAGCACGAUUGGACAGUCAGUGACUUUUGUCGGCGCGUACAUGAUAAUUACACCGCAGCUUCUCGUCACGGAUUCCUCGAGCUGCCGGACAUCAUUGCCAACUGCACUGACUGGCCAGCCGCCAGUGACCUUGGCUGCCUGUUCAACCAUUACCCUAGAAGUCAUGGCCCUUUGCUCUCAUUGAAAAACACAGAGGUGGUUGAUCAUUCAAUAGAUACAGAGAGUAGAAGGACAGGCCGGCUGUUGGUCCUGUCAAUUGUUGGAGAACAAAGUUGGGAAAUACAGGUGCUGACGUCAAGUAUUGCCAUGAGCAAUGAAGAGGCAUCCUUAUUAGCUUCAGGGAUUUUGAAAACUGGCCAGAGAUUUGCACAGCACCCAGAGAUGUCCUUGUCCGAUUUCCGUUUGCUCUAA